GGCGACCAAAAUUGGAUGCAUUGUUCCAGGCUUCCCUCUUUUUAAUCCGGUUGCUGCCCGCUUGGCUGCUCUUCUUGCAAAGGCUCUGCAGCAUAAGAUAUACCUCCUUCUUUUCAAGAUCAUGGCUGCCGGCACAGGUGGCCAGAAGACGCCAACAGCUGCACACCUGACAGCAGGACGGGAGAAGGGUGACUCGCUGGCAGGCAAGUACCACAUCCGGAAGUACGAGGAGAGAGACUAUGAGAUGGUGCGGGCAUUUUACAUUCAAGGGAUCCGGGAACACAUCCCUCGCGCGGUCUGGAAAUCCUUCAGCCGUCCUCAGUUACACCUGGCGCUUCUGGCCGUCUUCCUCCUGACCUACCUCUGCUCGGCUUCCGUUAUCACCUCCCUGGCGGUCGUCUCCCUCCUCUUGACGGCCGGCGCCCUUCACAUGAAGAGGCUGUGGGAUGAAUAUCUCCAUCACGCCCUCACCACGGACAUGAUGGACAUCAGGAGGACUUAUCUGGAGCCAAAGGAUUGCUGCUUCUGGGUGGUGGACACCGGAGAGGAAGUGGUAGGCAUGGUGGCCGUCAUCCCUCCAUCCUGGUGGAGCAACGCCCAGGAAUUGAUACGCCUUUCCGUGAAGAAGGAGCAUCGGAGACAAGGGCUUUCCAAAGCCCUCGUCAAGACCGUCAUCCAAUUUUCUGAGGAGCGCGGCUACCAAGAAGUCAUCUUGGGGACCUCCAUGGUCCAAUAUGCAGCUCAUCGGGUCUACGAGAGCAUGGGCUUCCACAAAGUCCUGGAGACGUAUCCCUUUCCCUUUGCUAAGUUGGUAGGCUUUUCCGUCUACUGGUAUUACUACAAAAUCCCCGACACUCGCUGAGGUCACAAUUCACCUCCCGCAAAGGAGAAGCGAAUUCUACAUUUGGACCUGGUUGACUCUGCAGGAUCGCUGGGUCAACUUUCUCCUGGUGGGAGUUGAGCCAACUCUCGGAAGAGGCUGUGUGUGAGCUGAAGUUGGUUUCCCAACAGAAGGGCCUUUGAACUCUCUGCUGUCUGUCUGGGUUAACAGGCCUGGCAGGAUAGAGCCGAGGUGGCACAGUGAUUAGGGUGCAGUACUGCAGGCCACUUCAGCUGACUGCUAG